UACUCUUACAGACAGGUUGUGUUUGCGGCGUCACAUAUGUGAAAUGGAUUAAAUAAAUAACGAUAUUGUAGAUUGUACAUGAAAUCCACACUUGAGAAGAAGGGACUAUAAAUAUUUCUUCUAAGUAGUAUCUAUUUCUUUUUCUAAUUGGAGAUUGAUUCAAGACCAGAAAAGAUGGGUGUUGGACCCAUCUUAUCAAUUUUGAUGAUAUGUAUGGGAUCAACCACAACUGGUGGGUCAACAACAACUACAAGGCCAAGGACAACUGGAAUCACUGCAGCUCCUUCACCAGUUGUGCUUCUCACAGCAACCUUGCAAGAACCAUUUGUGGAAGAACUCAACAAUCGCAGCAGCACGGAAUACAGAAAUCUUGAAAGACAAGUUGUAGCAAUCUGCGACUUCAUCUUCAAUGAGAGAUUCGGGCUUCUUUUCAUCCGCACCUUUGUCAUUCAAUUUCGGCCACAAAUGGGAAACAUCCAAGCAGAGGUGGGGCUCGAGUUCAACAACACGGCAUCACCCGAUCAAAUCCCACAGGCCGAUGUUGCUGCAGAAACCUUGAGAGUUGCUGUGAAUAACACAAGCAACACCUUCAACCUCACUAUCGAUCCAGCCUCCAUCGAAGUCAUUCGAUCAACAACAACUACAAGGCCAAGGACAACUGGAAUCACUGCAGCUCCUUCACCAGUUGUGCUUCUCACAGCAACCUUGCAAGAACCAUUUGUAGAAGAACUCAACAAUCGCAGCAGCGCGGAAUACAGAAAUCUUGAAAGACAAGUUUUAGCAAUCUGCGACUUCAUCUUCAGUGAGAGAUUUGGGCUUCUUUUCAUCCGCACCUUUGUCAUUCAAUUUCGGCCACAAAUGGGAAACAUCCAAGCAGAGGUGGGGCUAGAGUUCAACAACACGGCAUCACCCGAUCGAAUCCCACAGGCCGAUGUUGUUGCAGAAACCUUGAGAGUUGCUGUGAAUAACGCAAGCAACACCUUCAACCUCAGUAUCGAUCCAGCCUCCAUCAAAGUCAUUCGAUCAACAACAACUACAAGGCCAAGGACAACUGGAAUCACUGCAGCUCCUUCACCAGUUGUGCUUCUCACAGCAACCCUGCAAGAACCAUUUGUAGAAGAACUCAACAAUCGCAGCAGCGCGGAAUACAGAAAUCUUGAAAGACAAGUUGUAGCAAUCUGCGACUUCAUCUUCAGUGAGAGAUUCAGGCUUCUUUUCAUCCGCACCUUUGUCAUUCAAUUUCGGCCACAAAUGAGAUACAUCCAAGCAGAGGUGGGGCUCGAGUUCAACAACACGGCAUCACCCGAUCAAAUCCCACAGGCCGAUGUUGUUGCAGAAACCUUGAGAGUUGCUGUGAAUAACACAAACAACAACUUCAACCUCAGUAUCGAUCCAGCCUCCAUCAAAGUAAUUCGAAGAACAAUUGGUGUGUCCACUACAAAUGCUGGGUCCACAUCAUCCAGCAGUUCUGCUCCAACAGGAGGGUCAACAACAAUCGGUGGGUCAUCAACAGCUGGAGGUUCAACCACAAGUCGUGGGCCAAUGACAACUGUAGCAUCAAUGACACCUGGUGGGUCAACAAGUACUAUUGGAUCCAGUACAAAUGCUGGGUCAACAACAACUGGCAGUUCUGCUGCAACAGGAGGAUCAACAACAAUUGGUGGGUCCACAACACCUGGAGGUUCAAGCACAAGUCGUGGGUCAACGACAACUGGAGCAUCAGUGUCACCUGGUGGGUCAACAACAACUAGAGGUUCAACCACAAGUCGUGGGCCAAUGACAACUGUAGCAUCAAUGACACCUGGUGGGUCAACAACAACUGGCAGUUCUGCUGCAACAGGAGGGUCAACAACAGCUGGUCCUUUGGUUCCAACUGAUGGAUCAGUUACAUCUUUAGGAACAACUAGUCCUGGUGGAUCAGAUGGUGCAGUUACCACAACUCCCCCACCAGUUUUUGUUCUUGGAGCCACCCUGGAAGAACCAUUUGUUGAAGAAUUCAAUAAUCCAAGCAGUGUACAAUACAGAAAUCUUGAAAUACAAAUUGUAACAGUGUGUGACAUCAUCUACAGAGCAAGAUAUGGGUUUCUUUUCAUCCGCACUUUUGUCAUUAGAUUUCGUCGUGUUGUAGCAAGGACACGCAUGGAAACCACUCAAGCAGAUAUCGGACUCGAGUUCAACAAUACAGCUUCACCAAAUCAAAUCCCACAGGCUAAUAAUGUUGUAAAGACUUUACAACUUGCCUUGAUGAACCCAAACAACACCUUCAACCUCACUCUUGAUACAAACUCCAUUGAGAUCAUACGAACUCCAAAUAUGACAUCAAGUUCAACUACAGCUACUGCUGCAUCGACUACUGCUGUAACAUCAGUUGCUACAACUAAUAUGCAACUCAUAAAACGGAGGUUGACUUUCAGAUCUGCUGGAGAAACAUUUACAAGCGACUUGCUGAAUCCAGCAUCUUUAGCAUUUAUAAAUCGAGCUGCAAUGAUAAAGUCGAUGCUCGAACCUUUCUACCAAAAAGCAUUCUCUUCAUUCAGAUCAUUGACAGUGAUUUCAUUCAGAAAUGGAUCAAUCAUCAACACAAUGGACCUUGGAUUUGCAUCCACCUCUGUUCCUAAUGACACUCAGAUUGCAGAUGUUCUGGCUGGAGCAGCUUCAAAUAUCACAGCCUUCAACAUUGACACCACCUCCAUUAUUGUGGAUGGCAUACAGGUCUCAAGUGGAGUAAGCCACAAGAUCAGUUUCAUCACUGCGUCCUUCCUUGUGCUGCUGUCAUGGCUACUGUCAAGCCAGCAAUUGCUUAUGUGCUGAUGUCCCUGUGGAACCCCAUGAGAAAGUAACUGCUAUCAAUGAUAUGAAAAAUGAUUUUCUUGUCAAUAAAAAUUACACUUGUGAGAAUUUCAAUUUCUAAAUGACUUGGGAAAAACUGUCACUUAUUACAUUUAAACUUGGGGUAACCUGACACAUAAAUGAAAGGGAAUUUCUAUUCAGUCUUGACUGCACACACCUUGAUCCAAUGCAACCCUCCAGGUCCAUUCAUCAUGUGGCCAACUUCAAGCACAUGGUAAUAACUUCUAAAAUAAUUACUGUAAACGAAAUAGACUUAGGGCAAUUAAACCAUAUUACAUUGAUGACCCCAUGCAUAAUAUUUUCUGUACAUGUUAACAUUUAAAUGAUCGACUACCAUGUGCUAUAAUCAUAUUUAGAACCAAUGUGUAUUUCACUCAACAUGCCUAAAUCCUACUGUAAUCAAAAUUGUAGAUGUUUGGCAAGCUUAAAUUGUUCCCUCAAUCCAAAUUGCCUAAAAAAUAUAUUCAGACCAUUGAGGAAUUUGACUUCAGAAUGAAGUCUUUAAGAUCAGUUGCUUAGAUAGUAAAGUUGACAAUCUUACUUAUAUAAAAUGUAAUGGUGUGCUCAUUGUUCUAACCCUAACUCAGAUAUAUGCUGAAGGUUGUGUCACGCAUUAAUGCCUUGUAUCAGAAGAAUAAUGUCUUGUAUAAUUAUCCAUUCACAGUCCUUAUUAACUUGUAUUUCUAUUAUAUAUAUGAGUAUUCUGAGAGCUUACCUUUAUUUCUUUUUUUGUGUAUUUUUUUGUGUAUUUUCUUCCUAAUAUACAUACGAAUAUGAAGAUGACAAAAAAUCUGUUUAUGCUGUAACAUUUUACAAUCUUAAUGUGGUGAUGCACAGCAUUUUGAAGAUAAGGUAUGUGGAGGAAAAAAAUGUUUUCUAUUAAAGGCAUAUGUAUAAACUACCAAA